AUGGAUGAGCGCAGGGAAGAGCAGAUCGUGCAGCUGUUGAAUACUGUCCAAACUAAAAAUGAGAAGGAGCAGGAAGCCAUGUCCUGGUGGUCUGGGGAUGAAGAAGGACCUACUCCAGAACAGCCUGCGAAAGUGAAACCAGAGGCUGAGAAAGCUCCUUUAAGACAGAGACCAGCCUUGGAAAAAACAUUUCUUGAUCAGGAUGUGGAAUAUCUCUUUGAAAAAAAUGAGCAAGAUACUGAUUUAGAUAAGCAACUUAAAGAAGAUUUAAGAAAGAAGAAAUCUGAUCCUAGAUAUAUUGAAAUGCAGAGAUUCCGAGAGAAACUCCCUUCGUAUGGGAUGAGACAGGAACUUGUAAACCUUAUAAACAAUAACCGAGUGACAGUGAUAAGUGGUGAAACUGGUUGUGGGAAGACAACCCAAGUUACACAGUUCAUCUUGGAUGAUUACAUAGGGCGAGGGAAAGGCUCGACGUGCAGGAUUGUCUGUACUCAGCCUAGGAGGAUCAGUGCUAUCUCGGUGGCUGAGAGAGUUGCCACUGAGAGGGCGGAAGCAUGUGGUAGUGGCAAUAGUACAGGGUACCAAAUUCGUCUGCAGAGCCGGUUACCAAGGAAACAAGGUUCAAUUUUGUACUGUACCACAGGCAUUGUCCUGCAGUGGCUCCAGUCAGAUAAGCACUUGUCCAGCAUUAGCCAUGUAGUCCUUGAUGAAAUUCAUGAAAGAAAUCUUCAGUCAGAUGUUUUAAUGAGCAUUAUUAAAGAUCUUCUGAAUAUUCGCUUGGAUCUGAAAGUAAUACUAAUGAGUGCUACUUUAAAUGCAGAGAAGUUUUCGGAGUAUUUUGAUAAUUGUCCAAUGAUUCACAUACCUGGGUUCACUUUCCCUGUGGUGGAAUAUCUUCUCGAAGAUGUAAUUGAGAAGCUGAGGUAUGUCCCAGAAAACACAGACCGUCGUCCACGCUGGAAGAAAGGCUUCAUGCAAGGACAUGUAAGCAGACCAGAAAAAGAAGAAAAAGAGGAGAUCUACAGGGAACGAUGGCCAGACUAUUUAAGGCAGCUGCGGGGCAGGUAUUCAGCAAGUACCAUAGAUGCCUUGGAAAUGAUGGAUGAUGACAAGGUGGACCUUGACCUUAUAGCAGCACUUAUCAGACACAUCGUUCUGGAAGAAGAGGAUGGUGCAAUUCUAGUGUUUCUUCCAGGCUGGGACAACAUUAGCACUUUGCAUGAUCUCUUGAUGUCACAAGUCAUGUUUAAGUCAGAUAGGUUUAUUAUCAUACCUUUACAUUCAUUGAUGCCUACUGUUAACCAGACUCAGGUUUUUAAGAAGACCCCGCCAGGAGUAAGAAAAAUCGUGAUUGCUACCAACAUUGCAGAGACUAGCAUUACAAUAGAUGACGUCGUGUUUGUUAUAGAUGGUGGAAAAAUAAAGGAAACUCACUUUGACACACAGAACAACAUCAGCACCAUGGCAGCAGAGUGGGUUAGUAAAGCUAAUGCCAAGCAGAGGAAAGGUCGAGCAGGAAGAGUUCAGCCAGGCCACUGUUACCAUCUAUACAAUGGACUGCGUGCUAGCCUUCUAGAUGAUUAUCAGUUACCAGAGAUCUUGAGGACACCUUUGGAAGAACUCUGCUUACAAAUCAAGAUUCUAAAGCUUGGUGGAAUUGCUUAUUUUCUGAGUAAACUAAUGGAUCCACCAUCUCGUGAUGCUGUAAUGUUGGCCAUAAAUCAUCUGAUGGAACUGAAUGCCUUGGACAGACAAGAAGAACUGACUCCACUAGGUGUCCAUUUAGCACGAUUACCAGUUGAACCGCAUAUUGGAAAGAUGAUCCUCUUUGGAGCUUUAUUCUGCUGCUUGGAUCCAGUAUUGACAAUUGCAGCUAGCCUCAGCUUCAAAGACCCUUUCGUCAUUCCUCUGGGUAAAGAGAAGGUAGCAGAUGCAAGAAGAAAGGAACUGUCAAAGAACACGAAAAGUGAUCAUCUGACUGUCGUGAAUGCUUUCACGGGCUGGGAAGAGACUCGGCGUCGUGGUUUCAGAACUGAGAAAGACUAUUGCUGGGAAUAUUUCCUGUCUUCAAAUACACUCCAGAUGCUGCAUAACAUGAAAGGACAGUUUGCCGAGCAUCUCCUUGCAGCUGGGUUUGUGAAUAGCAGAGACCCCAAGGAUCCCAAAUCUAAUACCAACUCAGGUAAUGAGAAGUUGCUCAAAGCCGUCAUCUGUGCUGGUUUAUAUCCAAAAGUUGCAAAGAUCCGGCCAAGCUUCAGCAAAAAGAGAAAAAUGGUGAAAGUUUGCACCAAGACAGAUGGAACAGUUAAUAUUCAUCCUAAAUCGGUUAAUGUGGAGGAAACAGAGUUCCAUUAUAACUGGCUUGUCUACCAUUUGAAGAUGAGAACUAGCAGUAUUUACUUGUAUGAUUGUACGGAGGUCUCUCCAUACUGCCUCUUGUUCUUCGGAGGAGAUAUAUCCAUUCAGAAAGAUAAAGAUCAGGAGACCAUCGCUGUGGAUGAAUGGAUCGUUUUCCAGUCUCCAGCAAGAAUAGCGCACUUAGUUAAGAAUUUAAGACAAGAGCUCGAUGAUCUUCUACAAGAAAAAAUAGAAAACCCACAUCCCGUGGACUGGAAUGAUAUUAAAUCCAGGGAUACAGCAGUACUGACAGCUAUUAUAGACUUAAUCACAACGCAGGAGAAUGAAAGUGUCAGAAACUAUGCUCCACGAUUCCAGGGUGAACGCUAUAGUUGA